AUGGCACUGCCUGGGCUGUGGCUGCUGCUGCUGUUUCUGCUGCUGCUGAUAGCUGGCACCCGCUGGCUGUGGGGUCACUGGAAGCUCUGGGACCUCCACCUCCCACCUCUGGCCCCGGGAUUUCUGCACUUUCUACAGCCGAACCUCCCUAUCUACCUGCUUGGCCUCACUCAGAAACUCGGACCUGUCUACAGGAUCCGCAUGGGGCUGAAAGAUGUGGUGGUGCUGAAUUCUAAUAGGACCAUUGAGGAGGCCCUGAUCCAAAAACGGGUGGACUUUGCUGGCCGACCCUGGAUAAUAUAUGAAAAGCUAGACUUGGACUUGUCACUAGGUGACUACUCUCUAAUGUGGAAGGCCCAUAAGAAACUCUCGCGCUCAGCUCUGAUGCUGGGUGUGCGAGACUCCAUGGAGCCCCUGGUAGAGCAGCUGGCCCAGGAAUUCUGUGAGCGCAUGAGAGCCCAGGCUGGCACCCCCGUGGCCAUCCAUGAGGAAUUCUCUUUACUCACGUGCAGUGUCAUCUGCGGCCUCACUUUCGGAGACAAGGAUGACACUCUGGUACACACCAUUCACAGCUGUGUCCAAGACUUGUUGCAAGCCUGGAACCACUGGUCCAUCCAAAUCUUGGAUGUAAUUCCCUUUCUUAGGUUCCUCCCCAAUCCAGGCCUCUGGAAGCUGAAUCGGCUCCAGGAGACGAGGGACCACAUCGUAAAGCAGCAGCUGAGGCGGCACAAGGACAGCCUGGUAGCCGGCCAGUGGAAGGACAUGAUUGACUACAUGCUUCACGGGCUGGAGCAGCAAAGAGAGGGGAAAGGCGCAGGACCGCUCCGGGAAGAGCACGUGCACAUGUCAGUGGUGGACCUUUUCAUCGGCGGCACCGAGACCACAGCCACCACGCUCUCCUGGGCUGUGGCUUUCCUGCUUCAUCACCCUGAGAUCCAGAAGCGACUUCAGGAAGAAUUAGACCUCAAGUUGGGCCCCAGUGCCCCCAGCUCCCAGAUCCUCUACAAGAACCGAACGCAGUUGCCUUUACUUAUGGCCACCAUCACUGAGGUGCUGCGCCUGCGGCCCGUGGUGCCCCUGGCCUUGCCCCAUCGCGCCACUCGGGCUAGCAGCAUCUCUGGCUAUGACAUCCCCAAGGACACAAUCGUCAUCCCCAACAUCCAAGGCGCCAACCUGGAUGAGAUGGUCUGGGAACUGCCCAGCCAGUUCCAGCCUGAUCGCUUCCUGGAACCUGGCAAGAACCCCAGAACGCUAUCCUUUGGCUGUGGGGCACGCGUGUGCUUGGGAGAGCCUCUGGCACGAGUGGAGCUCUUUGUGGUGCUGGCGCGCCUUCUCCAGGCCUUCACGCUGUUGCCGCCACCAGAUGGCACCCUGCCCUGCCUAAAGCCCCAGAAUUAUGCUGGUUUCAAUCUCUUGAUUAAUCCCUUCCAGGUGUUGCUGCAGCCCAGGAACCCGGUGCCCCAAGACCAGGGCCAGACCCCUUGA